AUGACUUUGGAGCCCGACGACGCGCUGAGGACUCCCGAACCGCUCUGGUCAUCGUAUGGUUCGCGGACGAUUAUGUCCGAUAACACCGGUUCGCCUUCUGACAGACAUUCCCGCUUUGAUAUGUUUCUCCCUACAAGAAUCGGAACGUUCGAAGCAGAAGAACCGGCCACCAUACGCACCCUACAUCGCUCAUUAAUGUUCCACGAUUUUUUUCCUGCUCGUCCCUCAGCACGAUCGAUCCGGCUGCUUGUGCCAAGUGCCUCCAACUCACCGUCGAAAGGCCAGAGCUUUCAGGAAAUCUAG